ACAAAUUCUUCGUAGAGUCCAAAAGCCACCUGAAAAACUGAUACACUUACUUCCUUUCUUUCUCUUCACCUUUUAUUUUUCUUCCUUGGAUACCAAAUGGGCAAUUGCUUAUUUCGGUGGUUUAAACGUAUAGUUAGUUGCUUCUACCGACGUCCUAUAACCUAUGGUAAUACUAAUAACCCCCAUAACUCGUCAUCAUCAUCAUCAUCACCAACACCUCCUUCUUCUCCUCAAAAAGGAACCAUUUUAGAAAGACCUUAUGAUGACAUAAAAUCGAUUUACAAGCUCAAAAAGGAGCUUGGAAGGGGUCAGUUUGGGGUGACCUAUCUUUGCAAGGAGAAAUCCACUGGGAGAAAGUACGCUUGUAAGUCAAUUUCUAGGGGAAAACUUAUCAAUGAAAAGGAGAUCCAAGAUGUUAGAAGGGAAGUCAACAUUUUGUUGCAUCUUAAUGGUCAACCAAAUAUUGUUGAAUUUAAAGGAGUUUACGAAGACAGGGAAAAUCUUUAUUUGGUUAUGGAGUUGUGCUCCGGGGGAGAGCUUUUCGAUCGGAUGAUAUCCAAAGGGAGCUAUUCUGAGCGUGAAGCAGCCAAAAUUUUCAAGCAAAUUGUGAAUGUUGUUCAUGUUUGUCAUUUCAUGGGAGUAAUGCAUAGGGACUUGAAGCCUGAGAAUUUCUUACUUGCCAGUAAAGAUGACAACGCACCUAUUAAGGCCACUGAUUUCGGACUCUCUGUCUUUAUCGAACAAGAAAAAGUGUACACGGACAUUGUGGGAAGUGCCUUCUACUUGGCCCCAGAAGUAUUACAACAGAAUUAUGGAAAGGAGAUAGAUGUGUGGAGUGCUGGAGUCAUUUUAUACAUUCUUCUAAGUGGGUUUCCACCAUUCGGGGGAGAGACGGAGAAAGCAAUUUGUGACUCAAUUUUAGAAGGAAAUCUUGAUUUGCAAAGCUCGCCAUGGCCUACCAUAUCUGCUUCAGCAAAGGAUCUUAUAGCUAAAAUGUUGGAGAGGGAUCCUACAAAAAGAAUUACAGCUGCUGAAGCAAUUGAACAUUCAUGGUUGAAGGAAGAUGGUGAAACAUCUGAUAAACCCAUUGACAGUGCUGUUCUAGUUAGGAUGAAGCAGUUCAGGGCAAUGAACAAAAUGAAGAAACUUGCUCUCAAGGUAAUAGCGGAGAACCUUUCAGAAGAAGAAAUCCAUGGGUUGAAACAAAUGUUCAACAACAUGGACACAGAUGGAAGUGGCACAAUCACAAUAGAAGAAUUGAAAACUGGAUUGUCCAGGCUAGGAUCCAAACUUUCUGAAGCCGAAAUACAACAGUUGAUGGAAGCUGCUGAUGUUGAUCGAAAUGGGACUGUCGAAUAUGACGAAUUCAUUACUGCUACCAUGCAUCGCCAUAGACUUGAGAGAGAUGAAAACUUGUACAAGGCUUUCCAAUUCUUCGACAAGGAUGGCAAUGGGUAUAUCACUAGAGAAGAGCUAAAGCAAGCUAUGACUCAAUAUGAUAUGGGUGAUGAAGCUACAAUUGAUGAAAUCCUUGACGAUGUUGAUACUAACAAAGACGGAAAGAUCACCUUUGAGGAGUUUGCUGAUAUGAUGAGAAAAGGAACAUAGAUUAGAGAAACAAAUAAGAUGAAUAAGCAUUAAGUAGUGACAUGUGCAUCUUGCCUUUAAUAUAUUUUUUUUCUUUUUAUCUUUUCCAAAAUUUGGGGACUCUGUAGAUUUGAUAUUACUUUGUAAUAAGUUUCUCUUAACAAAGCAAAAUAAAAGCUUAUAAAAAUGGUAUUUUUACAUGUUUAA